AUGUUUGCCCAACGAGCCCUUCGCGCACCACUGCAGAUGUCUGCACGUGGCAUGCGCCCGAUGGCCUUCCGCGCCGCCGCCAUCGCCCCCUUCAGCACCAAGCAAGCCCCCAUCCAGACCCAGGUGCAGCAGCAGUCGGCACCCAAGGCCAAGUGGUUCGCACCUCCACCGCCGCCAGGCAAGCACAUGGUCCCCGUCAAGGCCGCCAUGCCACAACUCGUCCCCUUUUACUUCGUCAACGAGGUGGUCUUCGCCUUCACCAUCAUCCCACUCCUUAUCUACGUCUUCUCGAAGUACAUCUUGCCAGCGCAUCUUCGGCGGUACGCGGCCCGCCUGGCCACCAGCAAGCUUUGA